UAGUAUAUUAUGGGCGAACUAUAUGUAAAAUAUAAUUGUCGGUUUGGAUACUUGUCAACAUUGCCAACAUAAAUGGUGGAACUUGCCUCAACCUGUUCUCUAUAACAUGGAAGGUUAUAAAUAAUAAAACAGGCAAGAAACGAUAUUUUACAAUAUUUUAGAAAAUAAUAUUUUACAAAAGUUUACAAAAUGUCUCGACAUCGCGAUGUACGAUGCAUGAAUUAUUCGGAAGAAUACGAAGGCUAUGACGAUGUAUAUGGACAUUCUGUAGAAGAUGACUAUUGUGUAUCUCCUAGUGCUGAACAGUUUUUAUUUGAUCGAAGUAAACAACAAAAUAUUGCAUCCUUCAUUACUGAACCAGAUAUAAUAGAAGAUAACGAGGACAAUGAGGAACUUUCAAUGUCUUUCAAUGAAAAAGAUGCAUUUACAGAUAUCGAAUGGGCCAAGCUGAUGUCAUGUAUGGAAUCUAUCAAAAAUGUUAUAGGAGAUACGGUACCAGAGUCUGAGAUUAAAAAAAAGAUUAUUCAGUCAAAAUUUGAUGUUAAAAUAGCACUUGAUUUGAUUUUAAAAGAAUCUUCACCAAAAACUGUUACUGGUCCAUCGAUGGUUAAUAAGGACAAUUUGGAGCCCCAUCCAGAUGCUACAUCUACUAAACUUCAACCUAAUUCAUUCAUUAUACCCAAAUUAUCAUUUAACAAACAAGAGAAUAGUGAAGGUAAAAAAUUGUCAUCCAAAUCUCCAUUUCAAGUUACAACACCUUCCAAUGUGAAAAUUAUUCCCGCUGGGAAACGACCUGUUAUAAAAGGCUUUAAUGUAAGCGGGACUGAGAAUACUGAUGUAUUGAAUUCUCGUAUAGAGAGUCCUCGCUCUCAAAGUCCAUAUUCUGAUUAUAAUAGUCCAGAAAUAAAAAGAAAGGAAAAUAUAAUAACAAGGGAAAGGAAAGCAGGUUCUUCGAAUGCAAAUAGCCCGCGAUGUCAGUCUCCAAUAUCAGGACAUGAAACACCUGAUUUUGAUCCUAAAUUAAAACUUAAUGAAGAAAAAGUUGAUGUAAUGAAGAUUUAUAAAGAUAAAAGAGGAGACAGUAAAGAGCAGUUACAUUUAGUUGUGGUUGGUCAUGUUGAUGCUGGUAAAAGUACUUUAUUAGGACGACUUCUAUGUGAGUUAGGGCAAGUUCCAUCAAGAUUAAUUCACAAAUAUCAACAAGAAAGUAAAAAAAUAGGAAAACAAUCGUUUGCUUACGCAUGGGUUCUUGAUGAAACAGGAGAAGAACGGGAACGUGGAAUAACAAUGGACGUUGGUCAUUCUAAAUUUGAAACAGAAACAAAAUCCAUUACUUUAUUAGAUGCACCUGGACAUAAGGAUUUUAUACCUAAUAUGAUUACAGGUGCUACUCAAGCUGAUGUAGCUCUGUUAGUAGUAGAUGCUACUAGAGGAGAAUUUGAAACUGGUUUUGACAGCGGAGGUCAAACUAGAGAACAUGCGCUAUUAUUACGCUCAUUAGGUAUAUCACAGUUAGCAGUAAUAGUAAAUAAAUUAGACACAGUAGAUUGGUCUAAAGAGAGAUUUGAUGAAAUAGUAAAUAAAAUGAGCGUAUUUUUGAAACAAGCUGGAUUCAAGGACAACGUUAGUUUUGUUCCUUGUAGUGGUUUAUCUGGUGAAAAUAUAUUAACAAAACCUAAAGAACCUUUAUCUAAUUGGUACACAGGACCUACAUUAGUCAGUGUUAUCGAAAAUUUUAAGUGUCCUGAACGUCAUAUAAACAAACCAUUUCGUUUUUCGAUUAACGACAUAUUUAAAGGUACAGGAUCUGGAUUCUGUGUUUCUGGUCAUGUAGAAACAGGCAUGGUCUCUUUAGGUGAUAAAGUUUUAGUAUUACCACGCAAUGAAACUGCAGUGGUUAAAGGUUUACAAAUAGAUGAAAUAUCUACAACAAACGCAUUUGCUGGGGAUCAUGUUUCGUUAACAUUAUCUGCAAUUGAUCAACAAAAUGUUGGAAUUGGUGAUAUUAUUUGUAAUCUUCAAAAUCCAGUUCCUGUAACAACACGUUUCCAAGCACAUGUUGUUGUAUUUGCAGUGAAAAUACCUAUUAUGAAAGGUCUUCCAGUAAUAAUUCACCAACAUUCUUUAGUUCAACCAGCUGUUAUUACAAAACUAGUAGCACAACUUCAUAGAAAUACAGGUGAAAUGAUAAAAAAGAAACCGCGCUGUUUACCAAAAAAUUCAAGUGCUAUUAUUGAAAUUACUACACAAAAUCCAGUUUGUAUGGAAUUAUAUAAAGAUAUUAAAGAAUUGGGUAGAAUCAUGUUACGUGUAGAAGGAACAACCAUCGCAGCUGGUCUAAUUACGAAAAUUAAGUAAUAACAAUGUAAUAAAUUUAUGUACCAUUAUAGACAGCUAUACAUUUACAUUAUUGCAUACUGCAUAUAUUUGUAUAUUGCUGAAAAUACACAGAACUUAACAUAA